GGAGUCGACUCCGGGCGUUCGGAGCUUAGUGUGAAGAGCGGGUGGGGGGUCAGAAGGUGAGAAGAGCGGCGCGUGUGAUCUAAAGAAGGGAUAAUUCAACCAACAUCAUAUCCCAAAUUUAUUUUCGGUCCAGUUCCACAAGCCCAACUCCGCUGGGAAGCAUGGAGAGGAAAAGGUGGGAGUGCUCGGCUCUCCCAAAUGGUUGGAAAAGGGAAGAAGUGACCAGAAAGUCGGGCUUGUCCGCGGGGAAAAGCGAUGUCUAUUAUUUUAGUCCCACAGGAAAGAAAUUUCGGAGUAAGCCCCAACUGGCCCGUUAUCUUGGUAAUUCCAUGGACCUGAGCUCUUUCGACUUCCGUACUGGCAAAAUGAUCAUGAGUAAACUGAACAAGAACAGACAACGCCUACGCUAUGAGCACAGCAGCCAGAACAAGGGUAAACCUGAUUUAAACACUUCUCUACCGGUGCGACAGACGGCAUCCAUCUUCAAGCAGCCUGUUACAAAAGUCACAAACCACCCAAACAACAAAGUGAAGACAGAUCCACAAAAAGCUGUUGAUCAGCCAAGACAGCUUUUCUGGGAGAAGAAGCUGAGUGGACUGAAUGUGUAUGACAUCGCCGAGGAGUUGAUGAAGACUAUGGAUCUUCCCAAAGGCCUUCAAGUGUCCUCCACUGUAGGGGUCGGCCCAGGCUACUCGGAUAAAACGCUCCUCUCUGCCAUCGCCAGCGCCCUGCACACCAGCAGCGCCCCCAUCACGGGCCAGCUAUCUGCUGCUGUGGAAAAAAACCCCGGAGUCUGGCUCAACAGCACGCAACCCCUCUGCAAAGCUUUCAUGGUGACUGAUGAGGACAUCAGGAAGCAGGAGGACCUCGUGUACAACGUGAGGAAGAGGCUGGAGGAUGCUCUCAUGGCUGACAUGCUGGCUCAAGUAGAAGAGACCGCCAGCGACACAAAAUCAGUGAAGGAGGAGACCAACGGCAGCGAUGAAAUGGAGACACUGUAGCCACGAAUGCUGUGGUGUUCUCCUGCGCUGACCUACAGGAUCUUUACCAGGAUGUGAAAGCUCAUGCUGUCUCUAAUUGGAAAUAUAACACUUUUUUUUUUUUUUUUUUACGCUACUUUUUGUAGUGAUCCUCCAGUUGAACUGUGAAACAUUUGUGUUUUACACACAGUUUCUAGGAACACUUUCACCUUUUUAUAAUUUUUUUAAAAACCUUUUGGGUUUUUUAAAAAUCCAAGUAAGUUGAUGUCUUGCCAUACUCCAACUACAUAUGAGAUGUACUUUGUACGCACACACACACACACACACACACAGAGGAUGCAUAUGGCGCUAUAGCCAACACAUCUCAUCAUGAAAGGGUGGUUUUUUUUUUGUUUUUUUUUUUAAGACUAUGCUAGAUAGGACGGUUAUGCAACCUUGGGUUCUGAUCUAGUUUGUCAACCUAAUGAUAGGAUUACACUCAUCGAGGUUAUAAGCUCAAUAAUUAUUAGGAUAUUACAUAUAACCAUACAAAUAUAAUCACUCCUUAUCAGUUAAGUCUGAAGUUGACAUCCCUAGAACUAAUUUCCUUUUUGGUGCUUUUCUGUUGUGUGUCGUCCUUCUUGUCAGCGAAUUUUAAGGGCUUACAAUUAUACAGUUAAUAUACAAUAACUACAGUAAUGUGCAAAAUGGUGGCUGUACAUUUUCUUAACCGCUUAGUAUUAGGAACAUAAAAGCAGAGCUUUUAGUAGCCAAUGGUAUAAUAAAUCAGGAAUAAAGGACUCCCAGGUGACACUUCAGGGCUGUUAAUAAGGCAGUUCUUGUACGUACUGCACUUGCAUUUACUACCAGGAAAAUGUUUAAUUUCUCAGAUCGUUUUUGGUGUACUGUCCUCUCUGCUUUUAUGAUUAUGACAAAAAAUGGUUCUGAACACAGAUGUCAAAAGGCAUUGACAUAAUUUCUUCUCAAUCAUUAGGCCUUUUAUUUUCUAAAUUUGGGGCUUUGUCCAACAGUUUAUUGAUGGACAUUUAAUUAUUCCUGGCUAAAGAAGAGUCUUAUUUGGUGCUGCUCAUUCAAUAGGUCACCUGUUUAACGCAGAUAUAAUGGGUGGGCUUUUUUCUUUCUUUCUUCUGGGGGGGGUCAGGUUAUAGUGAACCACAAAUUAAGAAACCGUUCUUCUGUUUGUCCAAAAAGAUGGACUUUAGUAUUGCUAAGGGCAAAUGUGGUGUGUGUUUAAAAAAAAAAAAAUGGACAUGUUUAAUUAUUGUCAAAAGAGACAAAAUGUUAAGUGGGUACUGCUUCAUUGGCCAAAUCUGUGACGUGAUAAAUGAUUUAAUUCGCCUCCUCCAUGUCGAUGUUGAAGUUUCAGCUCGAAAUCUGACCAAUGGAACGACCCAAGGAAGAACUGUUUUGUUAGCUUUUAAUCAGUAACCCAUCUUUACAUUUUAUACGCAUACAUUGUUUUUUAAGCUUUGUUAGGAAUACAGUUAUUUUACAUAUAAGCUGUUUGAUGCUGUCAAAGCUAAAUUAAAUUAGAUUUUGUAUUUUAUAAAUCUAGUUACUGUAUUUUGUCUGAUCUGGGGUUUCACAUUUAAUAAAUGAAAUGAACUUUA